AUCUGUAGGUGGUAGCAGUGCCCACCAUUCGGUUAAUUAAUGAGUCCAGCGAAAGCAGGUUGUUGUUGCUCCGGGAAGAAUCACUGGGAAGAAGCAGGGUUGGGUCAACGGGAUUUCAUUGAGGCUGUUUUCUGCAGUUAGCUACGGCUCUACCACCUAUUUCUCUAGCUUUUUCAUAAAGAUUGGAGAUUGAAGCACAUGCAAAGCGCCUUUUUAAAGUAGCGAGUAGGGCUGAUAUAUUUUUAAGACCGGGUCAGUAACCUAUCUCUUACAUAGGGUACUGUAGCUCGGGUAUUCGUUUUCUACUAAAUCAGAAAAUUGUGUGAAUGACCGGAACGCAUUAGCUAUCCAACUAGCAUUAGCUAUACUAGUAGUUUUCAAUAGGUAACCUAGCUAGCUAGCUGAAAUAUAACCUGAUAUGGACGAUAAGUCAUUCACUAAGGAAUUGGAUGGGUGGAUUGAACAGCUGGGCGAAUGCAAGCAGCUCUCGGAAAACCAAGUCAAAGCCCUUUGCGAGAAGGCCAAAGAGAUCCUGACAAAGGAAUCUAACGUGCAGGAGGUGAGAUGUCCGGUCACUGUGUGCGGAGAUGUUCACGGCCAGUUCCAUGACCUGAUGGAGCUAUUUAAGAUCGGAGGGAAAUCUCCGGACACCAACUACCUCUUUAUGGGAGACUAUGUAGACAGGGGAUACUAUUCUGUAGAGACAGUCACACUUCUGGUAUCUCUCAAGGUCAGGUACCGGGAACGAAUCACAAUCCUCAGAGGGAACCACGAGAGUAGACAAAUUACACAGGUGUAUGGCUUCUACGACGAGUGCCUAAGGAAAUACGGCAAUGCCAAUGUCUGGAAGUACUUCACAGACUUAUUUGACUAUCUACCCCUCACUGCCUUGGUUGACAACCAGAUCUUCUGCCUCCAUGGUGGGCUGUCACCCUCAAUAGACACACUGGAACACAUCCGAGCGCUGGAUCGCUUACAGGAGGUUCCUCAUGAGGGUCCUAUGUGUGACUUGCUGUGGUCGGACCCUGAUGACCGAGGGGGCUGGGGCAUCUCUCCCCGUGGUGCUGGCUACACCUUCGGACAGGACAUCUCAGAGACCUUUAACCACGCUAAUGGACUCACUCUGGUCUCGAGAGCCCACCAACUGGUCAUGGAGGGUUACAACUGGUGCCAUGAUCGUAACGUGGUGACCAUCUUCAGUGCACCCAAUUACUGUUAUCGCUGUGGAAACCAGGCAGCCAUCAUGGAGCUGGAUGACACGCUCAAGUACUCCUUCCUUCAGUUUGACCCCGCCCCACGCAGAGGGGAACCGCAUGUGACCCGACGCACUCCUGAUUACUUCCUGUAAUAAUAACAAUAAUUAUAAUUUCACCGCCUGUAAAGUAUUGAUAUAAAACAGAGGUAGGCAAUCCUGUUUUUGGAGUGCUGGGGGAGCUACAGGAUUCUGUUCUUACUAGGCGCCACACCAGACUAACUGAGCUAAUGGACCAAUUAAUUGAUUGAUCAAAUGCAACGCAGCCCGUCUUCGAGUUUGGUUCAGUCCAAAACCGUGUGUUCAUCUCACCAUGACCAGGGUUGCCUACCCCUGGUAAAAUCGACUUAGUCAACUGGAAGAAGAAAGUGGGAGAAGGAAGGCACCAAUCAUCAUUGAUUAUGACAAAUAAAGCAUCCAUCUCUCAGUAUACAUGGACCAAAACGUGUGUCAUAAUUCAGUGUAAAAUGGAAGAAUGUCACAUUAAUCUUUAACAGAUGACCGCAGCACCUACACCAACCACAAUCCAUCAAAAUCACCUCCAGUCUUGUCUCACCCUCUCUGCAUGAUCUAGUUUUUUUUUUCUGAAAAUAAUUGCUCUUUAGGAAGAUCAGUGUUAUGUCUAAUAUUGCACACUAUUCUAUUUUUUAUUGCACUACUUUUGAAUUUUCCAAUAAUGCUCAAAAGUAGUACACUAGAAAGGGAAUAGGGUUUCAUUCCAGCUCUGGCCAGUCUCACAGUACCUGCUGGUUUUGUCAGGAAGAAAUUCUGCUUUAUAUGAAUUAAUCUGCUGAGAAAACGCUUAAUUGUAAGCCCUGUGUUAGGACUAUAAUCCACUAGAAAGGAACCAAUAUAUACUGUAACUGCAUCUGAACUUGGCAUGGCCUCAUAUGAAAUGGAUGCAGUAAACAUGAAAUGUAGAUAUGUGAAAAAUGUUCACACAAAUUUAAUGGCUCAUUUUGUGUGAAUUGAACAUUGUGUUCAGGGUUGAAUCCGAUUCUUUCUUUCUCUUUGCACUUUUGUAUUUAUUUUGUAUCACUUGGCAAUGACAACUACAGUGUUGUUUUUUUUAAUAUUUCACCCAGAGCAAAUAGGUCAUCUUUUUGAAAAUCAAUUAUCCAUUAGUUGAGUAAACGUAUUUCAGUUGAAUAUCAGAACCCUGGUACAAAAUGACCUUGUUAUUGAUAACCUUUUGUUUUGCAACCUCUGCUAUAUAAUAAAGAUUUGAAGUCGCA